GAGAAAGUUCCCGUGGAGAGCUCGCCCCCCGGAGGGCCGACGUUGAGGCCGCUCGCGGCGAGGGUCGCAGGUCCCGUGUGUUCAGCCUGCGUUCCCCCUGCGCGCACUGGGCCGCCCGGGGCUCGGCUCUGUCGGAAGCAGGGGUGCAUCGCUGGUGGGCUGCCGCCGCCAAACUUGGAGGUGAAGGAUGCUGCGAAAGGGAGCGGCGGCGCAGAGCGCGGGGGCGCACUGAGUGCUCCCGGCGGGCGGCCCCGGGCAGCGCAGCCAGGGCUGCGGCCGGGCGAGCGCGCCGAGGCUGAGCGGCCAGGUAGCGGCUCCAGCGCCAGGACUGCGCCAGCCCUGAGAGCCAGGGCCGCCAACGCCACCGUGCCGGUAUCGCCUCCUAGCCACCGAGCAAUGGUGCGCGGAGCGCGCACGCUGCGCGCGGGACUCUGAGCUCCGGCCGCGCCGCUCGCCCCCACCGCCCCUCUCCGCUCGCGGCUUCCCCGCCAACCUCGUCCGCGGGCGAUGAAGCUUUGGUCCGGAGUCCCUCGCCUCUGAGCCUCGCCUCGCCCACUCCAGCCCCAGAGCCGCUCAGCCACAGAUAGCAGCGCUCCGGCCGCUGGAGCUCCCCGUCCUCUCCCAGGGAUGGCACCCAGGCGCCCCGGGAUGGCGCUCCCAGGGCCCCUCCGGCCGCGCAAAGUUCGCAGGAGGCGAGAGAUGCUGCCACAGCAAAUUGGCUUCGUGUGCGCGGUGCUGGCCCUGGUGUGCGGUGCGUCCGGCCUCUUCGGCAGCUUGGGGCACAAAACAGCUUCUGCGAGCAAACAUGUUCUACCAGACACAUGGAGAAAUAGAAAGCUGAUGGCACCAGUGAAUGGGACUCAGACAGCUAAAAAUUGCACAGAUCCUGCAAUUCACGAGUUCCCCACAGACCUGUUCUCCAAUAAGGAGCGACAGCACGGAGCCGUCCUGCUGCAUAUCUUCGGUGCUCUGUACAUGUUCUACGCCUUGGCCAUAGUGUGUGAUGACUUCUUUGUUCCAUCUCUGGAGAAGAUCUGCGAGAAACUCCAUCUGAGUGAAGAUGUGGCAGGAGCCACCUUUAUGGCUGCAGGAAGCUCGACGCCCGAGCUGUUUGCCUCUAUUAUAGGUGUGUUCAUCACCCAUGGAGACGUCGGGGUUGGGACCAUCGUGGGAUCUGCUGUGUUCAACAUCCUGUGUAUAAUCGGAGUCUGUGGGAUCUUUGCGGGUCAGGUGGUCCGUCUGACGUGGUGGGCCGUGUGCCGAGACUCUGUGUACUACACCCUCUCUGUCAUCGUGCUCAUCGCCUUCAUAUAUGAUGAAGUUAUUGUGUGGUGGGAAGGCCUGGUGCUUAUCAUCUUGUACGUGUUUUACAUUCUAAUCAUGAAGUACAAUGUGAAGAUACAGGCCUUUUUCACCAUCAAACAAAAGACCAUUGCAAAUGGCAACACGGUCAACAGUGAGCUGGAGGAUGGUAAUGAUUACUGUGAUAGUAGCUCUGAUGACCCUUCCAUGCCAUUGCUGGGGCAAGUGAAGGAGGAGCCGCAGUACAGCAAAAACCCAGUGGUGAUGGUGGACGAGGUCAUGAGCUCCAGCCCUCCCAAGUUCAGCUUCCCGGAAGCGGGCUUACGCAUAAUGAUCACCAAUAAGUUUGGGCCCAGGACCCGACUACGGAUGGCCAGCAGGAUCAUAAUUAACGAGCGGCAAAGGCUGAUCAACUCAGCAAACGGCGUGAGCAGCAAGCCACUUCAAAAUGGGCGACACGAAAACAUCGAAAACGGAAAUGUUCCCGUGGACAACCCCGAAGACCCUCAGCAGGAGCAGGAGCGGCAGCCCCCCCCACCACUGCCACCCCCGGAGCCAGAGCCAGUCGAGGCGGUCUUCCUGUCCCCCUUCUCCCUGCCCGAGGCCAGAGGAGACAAAGCCAAGUGGGUGUUCACCUGGCCACUCAUCUUCCUCCUGUGCAUUACCAUCCCCAACUGCAGCAAGCCUCGCUGGGAGAAGUUCUUCAUGGUCACCUUUAUCACCGCCACGCUGUGGAUCGCCAUCUUCUCCUACCUAAUGGUGUGGCUGGUGACUAUUAUUGGAUAUACUUUUGGGAUCCCUGAUGUCAUCAUGGGCAUUACUUUCCUGGCAGCAGGCACGAGCGUUCCAGACUGCAUGGCCAGUCUAAUCGUGGCGAGACAAGGCCUUGGUGACAUGGCAGUCUCUAAUACCAUAGGAAGCAACGUAUUUGACAUCCUCGUGGGACUCGGCAUACCAUGGGGCCUACAGACCAUGGUUAUUAAUUAUGGAUCCACGGUGAAGAUCAACAGCCGGGGUCUGGUCUAUUCCGUGGUGCUGUUGCUGGGCUCCGUGGCGCUCACCGUCCUUGGCAUCCAUCUAAACAAAUGGAAACUGGACCGGAAGCUGGGUAUCUCCGUGCUGGUUCUCUACGCCAUCUUCUUGUGCUUCUCGAUAAUGAUAGAGUUUAACGUCUUCACCUUUGUCAACUUGCCAAUGUGCCAAGAAGACGAUUAAAGCUGAGCCACUGCCUGCCGGGAGCUUUCUGGACACUGGCGCUGGCAUCCUCCUUUCUCUCCCCUCCCCCACCACGAAUCUCUCCUGCACCGGCAGCUGCCGGCUGUUCUUUCAAACACUGGAAGGAAGAGCCAUCGUGGUCUUUGGUCCCGGGCCAGGCUGCUGGGCGUCCUCCUCCUCCUUGGAGUUCUGUCCCCAAAAAGGCAAGAUUCAGGGGCUGCUAUUUGAGCAGCUCCGCAGACCUCUGAGCUGCAAGCCAGAGAGGUAUGGCGUGUGUCUCAUCUCUCGGACACUGUAGUCAGAAGGACUAAUGUGUGCCAUUUGUCUUUCUGUUUCGCAGCAUCCUCAGAAAUGAGGUGGUCCGUGAAUGCGAGGUCUCCUGGGGCAAGUGCAAAAUAGGAAUAUUGUUCUUAAUUGUCACCUGUGGGCCAGAGGGUGUGAGUUGCUUAGACAGCACGUGCUGCUAAGAGCCUCUGACUCCAGCUGGAAGCACUCAUGGUGUGGAAGGGUCAAGGCCUCAACCUGCUGGAGGUUUGGGACAGUGACAUGAGACAUUCCACCCCUUUUUCUGGAAACAUGGGAAGAAUGGAAACAGUCUUUCACAGUUUUUUCACAGCAGAAGAGAGACGAGAAAACAAUACUCUUAUCACUUUUACUGAUGCAUUCAGAGAAUGAGCAAUGAAAUAUUAAAAAUAAAAUGUCAUGUCGAUCAUCAUACUUGAAAAACAUCCUUUCAUACAAAAGGACCAUGAUGGGGAGCAAAAAGGUAACCCCCCAAAAAACAAAUCCUAUGUGUAUCGUGUUGCAUGGACACUAAGACAUUUGAUUCGGAAUUUAGGAAAGAGUGAAAAACUAACAUCUAAAUGGGUGCUAGAGAGACAGUGGAGGUUGUAGUUUACAGCCAUACAUUCCAGACCUUUCCUGCGAUGCGAUGCACUGUCACUUUGGCUUUGUCAUCAUUUCUUUGUUAACGCUCUCUACUCUCAAAACCAUCCUGUUGAAAGACCCAAUUGUUUAUCUGCCCAACAAAUUUCACAGCCUGCUGAACUGGAAUGGGGGAUGGUUAAUGACAAGAAGAGAGGUUUCCUGGAAAACAAUACAUUGCUCCCUGGUUAGCUGGAGGCAAAUAUGAAAACCAUAACUUGGAAUUUUUAGAGCUAAGGUUCUUGAACCUUAUAGUUUGCUAUACAUGACAGGCCAAGGAUGGGAGGCCAAUUCAAAAACAGAUAGAAAAAUAUUAAACAACUUUCGACUGCUUCCUAGCUCUCAGAUAUAUAGUCAAAAGAUUUACGAAUACAAACCAUUUGUGGUCGCUAAAAAGAAAGCACAAUUAAUUUUAUAUAGAGGUGUUUUUUAUUUUUUUAAUGUUUCUAUUGCAGAAGUCUAUCAGAUUCGAUGCACUUUUAAUAUUGAGAUAUUUUGCACGGAAGACUGUAUGGGAAUUACCCUUGAUGGUGUGAGGAAAGAAGGUUGUUAGCAAUUCACCAAUAAUCAGUCAUUGGUGAUGAACUGAAAUCCAGUAGCUCAUUUCUUCCUGAGACACAGAGGUUGUGAUCUGUGGGACCUGUGGCUGUGCUCUUUAAAGCCUCCUUUAGAAGGAGCACGUGUUCCUGCUUGUUUCUUUAAGUUAGUGAGAGCCUAAGAUGGACCGGAACUCUGUCACCAGGCUUCUCGUUGGGAGCCAUCAGUGUUACUAGCUACACCCCGUGAAGAUUUCUCUUUCAGUUCCUCUACCUGGAUGUGGGGCUCAGUGGUCUUCGAGUUGAGGACAAACGUGAUUUUCCUAAGAAAUUAGCGAAGUGGGAAGUCAGAAGCCCUUAGGUUGUCAGUAUAAACUUUAGAUGCAGGGGCUUUGAGAGUUCUCGGGACACCCUGUGCCCUCUUACCAGUAUACCUGGCCUGGUCCCCUCUGCCGUACAGACUCAUCAGGUUUGCGAGUGUGUCUGUCUCUUGAUUCUCAAAACCGCCCUGUGACUAAGUAAGGAUUAUUGUCCUUGUUUAACAGAAAACUUAGUCUUGGAAAGGUCAAGUGACUCUAGGUCAAUGACCAGUCAGUAUAGAGCAGGGGAUGAGCUCCGGGUCGUACCCCUUCCCAGCUCAGCCAGUCCAGUGGGUUGGCCACGGGGUGGGAGGAAGCGUGGGUGUGUUUGCCCUUGUGGUUGGUUCUCAUUGUCUGAGUUAAAACUUCAUCAGUUAUUUAAUUGACUUUUGGGUAUCCCAGCUCAUAUCCUAGUUUCUAUCUCUAUCCAAUGUCCUUAUUUUUUCCUGAUAAAAACCAAAAAAAAUAUUUUUAGCUGCAAGGCACAGGCCGCAUAGCCCCAGAGGAUGUUCCCGCUAGUGUCACUUUUCUGAAUACUUGUGUAGCUUUCAGAGAAAAACACAUCCUAAUUACCCACCUCUUCCUCAACAGAAUCCUUCUGAGAUUAUAAAGUACACUGCAGUUGUAGUUUGAGACUAAAAAAUGUUUUUAAUAUGUAGAGCACUCCUCCUGGUUAAUUCUCUUUUGACUUCAACGUGCCAAUGUAACUUCCUUAAAGGAUCUAUGCAGUUAUUGUCCCUAGGAAACUAUAUAUACACUGUAGGGGGGAAAAAAUCCUCUUUUUUAACUAAAUAUUUUUCCAUCACACGUUUAAAGAAUUGCUUGAUUAAUUAGGCCUUCAUUUAAAAAUACUGCUGUUCACCACUACGCAGGAUUGCUUCCUUUAUUUUAGUCCCAAAGUUAAUUAGCACUGGGUAAUUACACUGCUACAAAAAUAGGCAAUUAAAAUAAUAAAUUUUGUUCUUCUAAUUGGGGGCAGAAAAGAAAGGCGAACCAUUACCCUCAAAGAGAAAAUGUCCAUAGAAGCAAGAGCAGGAGGUUCCGGUUGAUUUCUGGUUUGGAAUUUGCCCUUACCAGCCCUGUCAUGGUCAGGGUGGAAGCUGUGCGGUACCUUGAGAAGCUGGCCCUGAAGGAAUGUUCUGGGUCAGCCUCGGUGAGAGACUAAUGGCUAAGGGCGCCGGGGGCAGGUCAGACCUGUCCCACCGCCAUAUCCACACCCUUCUUUUCGCCCAUGGUCUACUGGCCUCUGUGCCUCUGUCCAUGUGCACAGAUCUUGCUGCCCGUAUGAGUUUUCACGUGCUUGUUACCCCCCACCUGUUAAGACUAUUUCUUCCUUCUGCCCAUCAGUCCCCUGCCUUUACAGACCUGAGCAACUGGUAAGGCACUAGCCCUCCCGAAGGUAAACCAGUGGGACGUGCACACCACUCUAGAUCAGUGCUGUAGACCCCGACCAGAGACACCUGCCCCCAGACUUCCCAGGGUCCAGAUCCUGAGGGAGCCAUCUGUUCCUCUUCCCUUUUGAGGAGGAUUUGUAAGCCUUAUGGUAUCAGCAAAAGCCCAGCUCUCAGGGACACCCGGCUCACACACAGGCUGGGAAUCUGGGAAGGGUGUGGGCGGCCUCCUGGCGGGACACCCUUCUUUUCUUCUGGCGUUUGUCCUCCCUGAGUCCAAGGCCCUUCCGUGGCCUUAAGGCGGGGAUGGACCACGGCAAGACGUACCGAGAAAGGAUCGGUUGGUUCCUUCUCUCCUUCCCCAGGUGUGAACUGUGCUAGUGGGGUUAAGGUGCUGAGACAGUGAGGGUUCUCCUGCCGUGUGUGGGGACUUUCCCCUCGAGUCAGCAGGAGAGAAGCAGAGCCCUUCAGCUGUGCUCCCCCAGCCCUGACACCCAGUGGGUACUUAGGGUCCGGGUGGGUCUCUUCUCUCCCUCCCCACCUCUCCUUCCCUCCUAGGCCCUGUUCAUCCCUGGCUGAAAAAGACGGCCGUGCUGCGCAUGUGACAGGCUCCAGCAAAAAGCUUGGUGCUUGAAAACACAAAGAACUUGCCUCUUAGAGUGAAAAUCUUCAAGUGAUUGUUCCCAUACGCCAUGACUUACAUAUUCCUGGGUCCUUCUAAUGCCUUCUGAACAUGAUUCCUGUGUUAGGUCUUCUCCCCUUGAGGCACUUAGCAGAUGGUCCAGGUCUGGAGAUGGUCCAGGUCUCAGAAGCUUCUUUGCCACGUCGUCCCCAUAGAAACUUCCAGACAUUUAUGAAAAUGCUCUCUGGACAGCUCUUGGGUGGCAGGAUGUCAUCAACCCCCACCCCAAUCCCGGAUCUGAAGUGCUUGCUCCCUGACCCCUGUCCUCAAUCCGUAUGUGGAUUCCCCAGAGCGUCUGGCACCCCCACCAGGUAUGAGCCUUUGCUCUCUGGCUUUUCACUCUGUGGCUGAGCACUGAGCUCCUCAAGUGUGAAGACUCCCUCGGGGCCUUCUCAAAGCAUGGGGGAGGGGCCCCUCCAGCAUUGUCAUGUGUCUGUCAUGUGGGUGAUAGAACAGGAGGCUCGGUAAAGAACGCGCGUGGGACGCAGAUUUUGUUGCUCACUUUGAGCGCGCCCUUUGCCAGCCUGGCUCAUUGGGGCCCUUUUGCUGUGCUGCAGAGAACAUUCCCCAAAGGGCACAGUGUGCAGGGGUGCAGAUUUUUAAAAGGCAUUGAGGUGGUUUCAUUUGCUUCUUAAUCAGGAAAACUAAACGGGGACACUAGUUUUGUGUUUCACUUCAGGCCUGGUGGCCAACGGGAGAGUACCCAGCCUGUCACAGUGCUGCUUGACCUUGAGGAAACGGUGUCUGCAUGAAAUCGGGAGAAGAGGCACUUUUCUCCUAUUCUGCCACAUCGGUGGCACAACAGGAGCGCCAGAGGAGUGGUCUUAGAGCUUCGGAAUUUCAUGGGGAUUUAACAAAUUCUAGCUUCUCAGUGACAAAUGGCUCCCCAGGUCCGUUCAUCUUUGCUAAAUCCUCACACACUGCCGGGGGCUGGUGGCUGUGCUUUGUGUCACCUUUUACCUGCGUCUUUUUAAGGCUUCUCAUCACCUCUUUAUAGUGUCAGUGUCCAGUUGUCAUGGCUGUGUGUCCUUCACACACUUCAUUGCAGGGCCGAGAACAUUCUCUUUUCUAAUGUAGGAAAAGGUCUGCUGCCUGAAUACCCCGGUACAGAACUGUGGGUGAUGGGAGGUGGCUCUGGGAGUUGAAAAUACCCCCUGUACCUAUGUGAAAGUCCAGCCCUUGGUUGUGUGGCUUUUCCAUCUGUUAGACUCAUGGGUCUGGAUUGGCUGUUCCUUGGUGAAAAGCCUAAUGACAAAUUCGGGCAUAAUCCACACCUAGUCCCACUGUUGCCAGAAUUCAAACAGUUGCUUUUUAUGCAACAUAUUAGUUGGGACAUUUCCAUAGUCAAAGCCAAUGAAACCCUUAAUCCUGGAGAAAGUAUGUACCCUCCCCACCGCAGCGUUGGAAAACAAUUUUUUUUGAAGCUAUCCAGAGAGAAUAUGUGCACCUUUUGGCUUCUAGCUGCCUGGUUUGGUACGAUGAGCCUUUGUGCAGAAAGGGCGGGUCUCAGACAGCAGAGUCCUCUCUGCUCCCACUCCAGGAUUCCCAAGUAUCCAGACAGACAUACAGUCCCCUUCAACGGGAGGAGCGAGGCCUUUCCUUCCACUGAAAAUGACUGGGGUGUGAGCAAAACAGCUCUGUUUUUCCAAAUAAGAUAUUCCAGUGGGUUUUUUUCUGGCCACAGGGACACCCCAGCCCUCACCUCCAGAGGUGCCCUUCUGAGCUAGAGACCAUUUCCUGGAGCUUCCUCCACAAGGCUUGGACUAAGGACAUUUGGGGACCCAGUGGACAGAACUGUGGCUGAGCCCCUGUGGCCGGCUCUGGGGGAGCCUCCUCGGGGAACUGCUAUUCUAAGCGGUCCAGUUCCGAGCACAUGCUCCCUGGCAAGGAGGCUUCUGCAUGUGUCUCCAUCCAGCAGCUGCCAGCGGGAGUAGUCGCUGGGUGUCUAAACACAAAGAGAGCCUUGAUUACCUAGAGAGAAAAGAAGGCUGCCGGCCAGAUGGGACCAGGCCCGUGAGCAGAGGCUGGAGCUGCCAAAGAAAGAGCCAAAGGAAGGGAGGCCAGGCCCAUCCCAGAUGCCAGAGGAAGGCUGGGCAUGGUUUCUGCAGGGCCAUGCUGUCUUCCUGGGGCACAACCGUGACCUACCAAAGAGCAGGCAGGCAGAAUCAGAGGGCCCUCGUGUCCAGAAAGAACCCCCUUAAAAACAAGCAAAACCAAGAACUUCUGGAGCUGUUACACAUCACUUGAGUCCCCUGCAAGAUAUUUCUGGCAUGCUGAGCUGAACGCUGCCAUCUUUGUUCAUUCUUUCUAACAGGCAAAGCAGGAGCAAUGAGGUGAAAGUUGUAAAUAAUAAAUCUAUUUAUCCCGCUAUUUAUUUUUUCAAUAACUGUGACCUCCUGCACUGUGAAUGCUCCUGUGGUAUGAGAUUCUUAGUUUAAUAAAACUGUCAUUAAAUUGGAAUGAAUUGAUAUUAUUGGUUACUAAACACUGGCAUGAGUUUAUUUUUAUUGUGAAGAAACAUCUAGAGUAAAUAUGAACUAAAUCUUUAUAAGAAAUCUAGCAGUCAGUAUUGUAAUGCAAUAUAUCAAAAUCUGUACACUGUCAAUAAAAUAAAUGCAC